AUGCAACACUCUGAGUUGCAUAAUCACAACAUGGCUGCCACUGCUGCUACAGGCAUAGCUUCGUUGUUUUCUUCUUCCAUUAACAGUGUCAAAUGUCUUCGUUUCAAGAACUGCUCCAUGAUGGAUCCCCUCAUGACAGCAGUGCCCUCAAACCGCAUGUUUGCAUCUGUGUCACACUUGGUGGAACCUUUGUCCAUUGGGGGUACCAUUUCGCAUAGGUUGUGGGGGCCUAGAAUAUCUGCUGCUGUUGCACAAGAAGAGGUGGUGGUGGUGGAUGAUUUUAGUUUGGGUGAAGAAGAGAAAGUCGAGGAGAGUGAAGAGGGAGUGGUGGCAGAACAAGACUUUGAUGAAUCCUCUACUAACACCAAGCUUUAUUUUGGGAAUUUGCCUUAUAGUGUUGACAGUGCCAAACUUGCAGGGCUGAUUCAGGAUUAUGGUAGCGCAGAACUAAUUGAGGUUCUUUACGACAGGGAUACUGGAAAAAGUAGAGGCUUUGCAUUUGUGACAAUGAGUUGCCUUGAAGAUUGUGAAGCAGUGAUAGAAAAUCUUGAUGGAAAAGAAUUCCUGGGCAGAACCUUGAGGGUGAACUUCUCUAACAAACCAAAACCAAAAGAGCCUUUGUACCCUGAAACUGAACAUAAGCUCUUUGUUGGGAACCUGUCAUGGUCAGUAAAUAAUGAGAUUUUGACACAAGCUUUUCAAGAAUAUGGAACAGUGGUUGGAGCUAGGGUCUUGUAUGAUGGAGAAACUGGAAGGUCACGUGGCUAUGGCUUUGUUUGCUUUUCAACAAAAGCAGAGAUGGAAUCUGCCCUUGAAGCCUUGAAUGAUGUGGAACUAGAAGGACGAGCUAUGCGUGUAAGUUUGGCUCAAGGAAAACGUGCACAAGGCUAA